GAGAUCUCCAAAGAUAAGGCUUGAACUUUGCACUUGCAAAUGUCACUGCAUACGUUUUUGCACUAGUUUUUUUUUUUUUUUUUUUUUUUUUCUGUGAUUCUUUUACAACUAAUUUCCUUUAACAAUUUGAGCGCAGGGAAGAGAAUGUUUAGGAUUAUGAGAUGCAUUAAGUUUAGAACGAGUUGAUGCCCGGCUUUGAAUGCACUUGAAGUGUUCUUUAUUUUUAAGGCAAUAUAAAGCAUUGGAGUGUGUGUUUUCAGCCCCUCCUGGAAUGGGAAAAUAAGAAUCUCCCUGGAUGGGAGUCCUCUGGGGCAGGGAGUGAAAGCCCCAGAGGCAGAAAGGGACGGAGAAGAGGGGCUUGCCCAGAGCAUGGAUAGGAAAGGAGCUGGGGUUCUCCGGGGCUCAGCGCGCACUGAGAACCUGUGCCCGGGGCUGCAGCUGCGGACGAUAAAGGCGCUGUCUGGCUCAUGAAGGCCACCUGGAUCAGGCUUCUGAAAAGAGCCAAGGGAGGAAGGCUGAAGAAUUCUGAUAUCUGUGGUUCGGCAGACUCCUACACUAGCCGUCCAUCCGAUUCCGAUGUGUCUCUGGAGGAGGACCGGGAGGCAGUGCGCAGAGAAGCAGAGCGGCAGGCCCAGGCACAGUUGGAAAAGGCAAAGACAAAGCCCGUUGCAUUUGCGGUUCGGACAAAUGUCAGCUACAGCGCAGCCCAUGAAGAUGACGUUCCAGUGCCUGGCAUGGCCAUUUCCUUCGAAUCAAAAGAUUUUCUGCAUGUUAAGGAAAAAUUUAACAAUGACUGGUGGAUAGGACGUUUGGUCAAAGAAGGCUGUGAAAUCGGAUUCAUUCCAAGCCCAGUCAAACUAGAAAACAUGAGGCUGCAGCAUGAACAGAGAGCCAAGCAAGGGAAAUUCUACUCCAGUAAAUCAGGAGGAAAUUCAUCAUCCAGUUUGGGUGACAUAGUACCUAGUUCCAGAAAAUCGACACCUCCAUCGUCUGCUGUAGACAUAGAUGCUACUGGCUUAGAUGCAGAAGAAAAUGAUAUUCCAGCAAACCACCGCUCCCCUAAACCCAGUGCAAACAGUGUAACGUCACCCCACUCCAAAGAGAAAAGAAUGCCCUUCUUUAAGAAGACAGAGCACACUCCUCCAUAUGAUGUGGUACCUUCCAUGCGACCGGUGGUCCUGGUGGGCCCUUCUCUGAAGGGCUACGAGGUCACAGAUAUGAUGCAAAAAGCGUUGUUUGAUUUUUUAAAACACAGAUUUGAAGGGCGGAUAUCUAUCACAAGGGUCACUGCUGACAUCUCACUUGCCAAACGCUCAGUAUUAAACAAUCCCAGUAAGCAUGCAAUAAUAGAAAGAUCCAACACAAGGUCAAGCUUAGCUGAAGUUCAGAGUGAAAUUGAAAGGAUUUUUGAACUUGCAAGAACAUUGCAAUUAGUGGUCCUUGAUGCAGAUACGAUUAAUCAUCCAGCUCAACUUAGCAAAACCUCCUUGGCCCCUAUUAUCGUAUAUGUAAAGAUUUCUUCUCCUAAGGUUUUACAAAGGUUAAUAAAAUCUCGAGGGAAAUCUCAAGCUAAACACCUCAACGUCCAGAUGGUAGCAGCUGAUAAACUGGCUCAGUGUCCUCCAGAGUUGUUUGAUGUGAUCUUGGAUGAGAACCAGCUUGAGGAUGCCUGUGAGCACCUUGCCGACUAUCUGGAGGCCUACUGGAAGGCCACCCAUCCUCCCAGCAGCAGCCUCCCCAACCCUCUCCUUAGCCGUGCAUUAGCCACUUCAAGUCUGCCUCUUAGCCCCACCCUAGCCUCUAAUUCACAGGGUUCUCAAGGUGAUCAAAGGACUGAUCGCUCCGCUCCUGUCCGUUCUGCUUCCCAAGCUGAAGAAGAACCUAGCAUGGAACCAGUCAAGAAAUCCCAGCACCGUUCUUCCUCCUCAGCCCCACACCACAACCAUCGCAGUGGGACAAGUCGCGGCCUCUCCAGGCAAGAGACAUUUGACUCAGAAACCCAGGAGAGUCGAGACUCAGCCUACGUGGAGCCAAAGGAAGAUUAUUCCCAUGACCACAUGGACCACUAUGCCUCACACCGUGACCACAACCACAGAGAUGAGACCCAUGGGAGCAGUGACCACAGACACAGGGAGUCUCGGCACCGCUGCCGGGACGCGGAUCGAGAGCAGGACCACAACGAGUGCAACAAACAGCGCAGCCGUCAUAAAUCCAAGGAUCGCUACUGUGAAAAGGAUGGAGAAGUGACAUCCAGAAAACGGAAUGAGGCUGGGGAGUGGAACAGGGAUGUUUACAUCCGCCAAUGACUUUUGCCCUUUUGUGUGUGUGUGUGUGUGUGUGUGUGUGUGUUUGUGUUUUUUUUUUUUAAAGUCUUUGGGGUCUACAUUGCAAUCAUAUGUGAUCUGUCUUGUAAUAUUUUGUAUUGCUGUUGCUUGAAUAGCAAUAGCAUGAAUAGAGUAUUAAGACACAUUUUUUUUUUCUUUUGUAAGUGCUACAUAAAUUGGCCUGGUAUGGCUGCAGUUCUCCAGUUGUAUACUGGACUCUUCAAAAACUGUUUUGGGUAGCUGCCACUUGAACAAAAUCUGUUGCCACCCAGGUGAUGUCAGUGUUCUAAGAAAUCUAGUUGAUGUAUCCAACAAGCCAGAAUCAGCACAGAUAAAAAGUGGAAAUUUCUCAUUUAUCCAGAUUUUUAAUACACAGGCACCUGAUUUGCAUAUUCAUUCAUGGACCACUGUUUCUUGCUUGUACCUCUGGCUGACUAAAUUUGGGAACAGAUUCAGUCUUGCCUUACACAAAGGGGAUCAUAAAGUUAGAAUCUAUUUUCUAUGUACUAGUACUGUGUACUGUAUAGACAGUUUGUAAAUGUUAUUUCUGCAAACACCUUCUUAUAUAUUAUAUAUAUAUAUAUAUAUAUAUAUAUCAGUUUGAUCACACUAUUUUAGAGUCUUAAUGCCAAGUCAGCAGAUUUGCUUUAUGAAUUACAGGGACUAGAAAUGCCCACAUUCAGGAAAUUUGUAAUAACAUUGUCUAGACACCUAUCCUCAUUCUAGUAGAAAGUCUGUACAUACUGUAAAUAUGUGUGAUUGCUUGAAUUGAAAAGGUUUGAAUUCUGAAUGUCAUACCAUCCUUGUAAGUUUGUAAUUUUCACCAUAAAUUAUGGUAAAUAUAAAACUCCAGAGGUGGUUGUCCUCCCUACAGUUCACACUGAUUGUGACACAUUCUUAGUAGCUAGUGUUUGUUCUAGUCACUGCACUGGAGUCUAUGAGCCGGAACUCGCUAUAUGCACGUGUGUGUGUCCAUAUGUAAGAGUGUGCACGAGUGACUGAAUGGCUGAGAUAAAAGUGGAAUGCUGAAGACUAGUGAAGAAACUAGAACUGAUAUCGAGCAUUCUGCCCACCUGGCUCUGUAUUUAAUUGUGCUGUAUGUUGCUUUAAUAACUCAUUAAGCAGUCAGGGAAUGUGAGUAAGCUUGCUGCCAAAGGUAACUAGGAAAGCAUUCAUCUGCUGCCUCCUUGUUUCUGCUCCUAGAGAGUAAAAAUACAGGCAAUUUUACUGUGAGUGUUUCACUGGAAAUGUAUAAUCUUUGCGUGUUAGAGUAUUUGUCUGAGUAAGAAACGUUUACACAGCUUGUGGAAUUAUUUCGUGGGAAAAUAAAUUUUUAUAACUUCUCCCACUUCA